AAGUUCGAUAACGUUACCAACAGCUUGAACUCUCUGUCAGUGGUCUUUCGACUGCGAAUCGGUGUAGUCACGUUGUAGAUUCUUCUUGCUUAUUUCGGGCGACACGAUUGCGGUUUCUGCGCUGGAUAGGUCGAGGAUUCUUUCGGCAUGCCGGUACUCUGAAUAAGGACUAAUGGGUUAAAUAGGUGUUGUUUUUGCCACCGUGCUGUUAAACUUUCGUUUCGUCGGGUUGUUGGUGUAUCGUGUUUGUUAUCAAGUGUAUUGGAUUGUGAUUUGUAAAUCUUCCUCUGAUAACAGCAUUGUAAGGAGUAAACUCAGAGGGUCGAUAGAACGAUGUGAUGCAAGUGAGAUCUUCGUGGGAUGAGUUAGUGCUAACAGAGGAUGAACCAAUAAUUUGAGUGAUUCGUUUUAUUCAUGGCUGACGGUUUCCCAAGAUAAGUGAUUUUUACACAGUUGUGCGAUUCUGGUUUGGAAUAUGUAUUAUUGGAAGAAAGUGGAUGGUGCUAUUGAAAUAUUGGAACAUAGCUGUUAAAAACUGCUUUUCUAAAUCGGUCGAUAGAACAAAAUCAACCUCUUUGCAAUCGAAUCGUUUCCGGUUUUCUUUUUUCUUUUGUGUGCUGGUGUGAAUGAUUAAUGUGGAAAACAUUGACAAUCUGGGUGGACAAGAAAAAUUUGCCGGAAUUUCAUGUGGCCGGCAGAACAGCGAGAAAUAAAAGAGAAUCCAUCCGACAACCGUAAAAAUACCCGAACCGUGUGCUAAAAAGUGCGAUUGAGAGCGUUAUUCGACAUUAACAGACCAGUGCAGCUGACCUAGAAGAGCAGUUUGCAUAGAUUGAGCGUAAAUUUAACACGGUGGAAAUUUGCUUACCGAGUGGUCUUUCGUCACCUACUGAGUCGUUGAAAUUUCUCAGAGGGUAAAAGAAGCAGAAAACAGAGAGAACAGUAAAACGAAAACACCGCCCAGCAUUGCACUAUCGCGCACAGCAUGGAUCCGGCGGGUAGAGAACGGUUUCCUGUGAACCAAGAGUGUUGCAUGUAGAAUUGAUCGAUCCGAGGAAGAGCUAAACAACGGACAACUAAUUAAGAUAUGCUUCCAGAAGAUAGAGUUGUUAUUACACUAACAGAAUCCAUUUUUUGAAAUGCAGUGAAUCAAUCAAUCCAAACGAAAACUGCUGAAUGGAGCCGAACUCUGGAGGUUACAGGAUUCACGUGCCUUCGUCCGUUCAGAUCUGCUGAUAUGCUGAUAUUCAUGUCGCUACAGCAGGACCCUGAUGGUGGAUUUAGGUAUAACGAGAAGCUCCACCACAAUGUGGAGUCGAUGGAAAGUAUCGAUUCUACUGGUCAUGAUAUACUGGACAGCAAAAGCGACACCCGCGUCUAGUCAGCACUUAAAAAUAACCCCUAAGCCCUGUACAGUAAACGGAAUAGACGGCACCUGUAUGUUUGUGUGGGAAUGCAUCAAAUCCGAAGGUCAGCACGUGGGAGUCUGCGUGGACUCAUUCAUGUUUGGGUCAUGCUGCUCACAUAAUCUGACCGACAAUGUGAUACCGCAAAACUACCAUCAGACUGUAACCUAUCGUCCAAAGCCAGCUGGUAGCAAUAAGCAUAAACCUCAAAAACCUAGUACUUUCGUUAGUAGCAGUGGCUACACUACCAUAUACCGACCGGGUAAUGGCGGUACACUAGUGAUACGACCAUCACAUAAUCAUCACCAUAUGCAUCAUCAGUACCACAAGCCUUCUUCCAGCAGCAGUUUGAGUACCAGUAGCACGAGCAGUCAAUUAUUUAGUCAAACGCCAACAGAGGGCACUGUAAAUAAACACUCUACCUUAUCGACGCUUUCACAACAGUCAGACCUAGCGAUGGCAGCAAGCAGUAUGUCGACUGGAAUAUUCACCACUCAUUGGCAGGCAACCACCGAACCGAAUUUCAUCACAAAAACAAGACCUCCGAAGCCUAGCAAACCAUCGAAAAAACCGAUUCUGUCUUCGAAUAUUCAAAGCACUGCAUUAAAACCAAAACCAUCGGCAAAGCCGACCAAACCAGCUACCACUACCGUUAAAACUACUUCCACAACUAGUAUUAUUAGCACAACCACGCAACGGAGGCCCUCCACUACGGAAACUCCAGUGACAACAACGUCAUACGAGACGGCGCUGGUUUCGACCAGUACCGAAACUGUUGGCACCAACACGAGCCUAGCGGCGGUGUCAUUAUCGACUGUGAUUGGCGACGGCGUUGAGACUUUCUCGUCGUCACCCGAUAUGUAUACGGUGGCUCCCGGACGGUACACGUUAUCGGCCGCAAGGAACUAUGAGUGCGGAGUGCAAACGAUGGGACGACCGGAAACGCGUAUUGUGGGUGGAAAGAACGCCCCUUUCGGCCGGUGGCCCUGGCAGGUAUCGGUGCGGAGGACGUCUUUCUUCGGGUUUUCCAGCACGCAUCGAUGCGGUGGAGCUGUGAUCAACGACAACUGGAUUGUCACUGCGGGCCAUUGUGUAGAUGAUUUGCUAACAUCGCAAAUACGAAUACGGGUAGGGGAGUAUGACUUUUCUCACGUACAGGAGCAAUUGCCGUACACCGAACGUGCAGUCGCCAAAAAGGUCGUACAUCCCAAAUAUAAUUUCUUCACGUAUGAAUUUGACUUGGCGCUGGUGAAGUUGGAGCAGCCGUUGAUUUUUGCUCCACACAUUAGUCCGAUUUGUUUGCCGGGUACGGAUGAUCUGCUAAUCGGAGAGAACGCCACCGUUACCGGCUGGGGACGCCUUAGCGAGGGCGGAACGUUACCAUCGGUGCUGCAAGAGGUGUCUGUGCCGAUAGUAAGCAACGACCGGUGCAAAACUAUGUUUCUCAGGGCGGGCCGGCAUGAGUUUAUUCCAGAUAUUUUUUUGUGCGCUGGCCACGAAACUGGCGGCCAAGAUUCCUGUCAGGGAGAUUCAGGCGGUCCACUGCAGGUCAAGGGGAAAGACGGCCACUACUUCCUAGCCGGGAUCAUUUCGUGGGGCAUUGGAUGUGCUGAGGCAAACCUUCCUGGGGUUUGCACAAGGAUAUCUAAGUUUGUUCCGUGGAUUUUGGACACAGUUUUGUGAUAGAAAUAAUAUAAGAAUGAGGAAUCGCAUGGAUGAUAUGGCGUGAAAGCGAAGCGGUGAAAAAGUGUUCAAUCAGUAAACGAAAAAGACUUGAUUUUUUAUUUAGCACAAUGUAUGAAUUGAUCAGUUGAAGUUGAUACGAGCGUAAUAGUGCGUUUACAUAUAAUUCUUAUGUACAUAAUCGUAAGAAUGUUCAAAUUUCGAUAUUUGCUUAGUUGAUAUCAGUUGUAAUUAUUCAGGAAUUUCUCAUUGAAUACUGUUUGUUAAAACCAGAAUAGCAGAAUAUAAUCGUAGCAAUUAAAAAUGAGAAAGUCACUAUUGAUAAUAAUCGAUGUAAAACUUGUGUUAAUACAAUUACCUAGAGAAUAAGCGCUUCUCUUGUUAAUACUUUUGUAAUAAAGAAAAUCGGUCAAUUACUUUCUAUAUAGAACAGUGUAUAUACUAACCAAUUUCGUAAGCAAUAGUUAUGGAAUAUUGUUAACACAUCCGUUGUUAAAUUGUAUUUAUAAAUAUG